ACACGCCAGGUGGGCGGGUAAAGAAUGUUACCCGCAGGAGCUGCAGCGAUUGGCUGUGGGAGGUGUCAGUCACUCGUACGCGGCGGGCGCACCUAUUGGGCGCAUCACUCUCAAGUCUCUGUGGGGUUUCGAUGCAAGUAGGCCCCUGCUCAGCUGCGGUUCCCUGUUUUAUUUAAGAGCAAACAACCACUCAAAGAAUAACCAGUGAGUUAGUUUGAGAAAAUUAAAGCCUUGGCAAUGGAGAGGAGGAUGUAUACAUUGACUCUGCUAUCUAUGGUGUUGUCAGGUGUCGGUGCCGUUCAAGUGAGCAUCCCCAAGAGAGUAUAUGAGUUUGCCAGGGGGGACAACAUCACAAUACCCUGCACCUUUAAACCAAAAGGCCCCCCCCCUAAAUAUGUUAUCAUUUCAUGGUCUGUUGAAGCUGCAGUAGUUGGUGCUAAAGAGAUCAACAUCGUCACCUAUUAUUCUGAUGGGAAAAUCACUGACAUAAAAGCACUGUAUGAGGGUCGGUUGUCCCUGGAUGUCGAUGUUCCCGCGGGGAAGGCCAACCUGAAACUCUCCAACAUCAAACUAGAAGACAACAAGUUGUUUGAGUGUCGUCUUCAGAUCCCCUUAGAUAAUGAGGGCACCCAAGCCGCCACUACACGUUUGGUGGUUCUAGUGGCUCCAUCUACUCCCGUCUGCAAGAUGCAGGGUAAAGCAGAGUACGGCAAGAACGUCAACCUGACCUGCCUGUCUGAGGAAGGUUCCCCUACACCCACCUAUACAUGGCAAAGUCAAGAUGUCAGGAACAUGCCUCGUGCUCGUGACCCCAGAACCACAGACAAGGGAGGCAUACUGUCUCUGUAUAAUAUCUCCAAAGAUACAUCUGGAUACUUCGUCUGCACCUCAAGAAACAAAAUCCGCUCUGCUACCUGCAACAUCACCCUCACAGUCAUGCCACCUUCCAUGAACAUUGGGUCCACUGCAGGAAUCAUUGGUGGAGUGGUUGCCCUGUUGAUAGUACUCAUCAUCGUCAUCUAUUGCUGCUGCUGCAGGAAGAAGAAGAAGGAUGAGGAACACGCAAUGGGAGUUCUUGAGGAAGAGUACAGUGACAAAGAGCCAGCUAGGAAUGGUGAUGGUCGCCGUCCUGAUGGGCACGAGGACCCCCAAGGUUAUGAUGACUCCAGUGUGAGGAGGAGCCCUGUUGAGCGCAACGACCGCAAUGAGGAACGGAGUGAGCGCGACUACGAUCGCCGCAAGGAUAAUGAGGAUGGGCGCAGCGAUUAUAACGACCGUCGCAGCGACCAUGACGAUCGGCGCAGCGACUACGACGAUCGACGCAGUGACUACGAUGACCGGCGCGACAGGCCGAGUGACCGCAAUGAGCGUUACGACGACGAUGAUGACCGAAGAGACCGUCGUUCUGAUGUUGAUGACCGCUAUGAUGACCGAAGAGACCGUCGUUCUGAUGUUGAUGACCGCUAUGAUGAGCCCUAUGAUGAUCGUGACAGACCACCGGUGCCAGCCAAUAAGCCAACUAGGAGGCACAAUGACGAGUAAAGCAUCCAACCUGUAUCAACUGUCAUCUUCCAACUUCUGGUUUAUCUCCUUGGACUUUACUCCAAUGGCAAAAACACAGUCACACUCAAGGUGUGACCUGAUUGGCUAAAACGCCACAACUAUACUAGAAUUUAGUGGAAGCAUAAUCUGUCCUUUUUAGGGUGAAGUUGUUUUUGGGAGGAUCAUUUGAAGAAGAGCAGGAAGCAAAAUGGCGGCCACAAAGCCUAUCUGAUCCAUUUUAAAUGGGGCGGGGUCAGCCUAGGGCAUGAUCUGUAUUUUUUUUUUUUUUUUUACCAAAACGUAUGUCAUACAAAUAUUAGCAACCAGUCAAAGUUUUCAGAGAUCCCCCAGACAAAAAGUUUUUCUAAUGAAGAAAUUAGCUGGUAUUUUAUCUUUAAACUCAACACCAUAACAAGCAAGGCCUUGUUAUGUGUCUGCUUAUGUGUGGUUUCUGCUGUUGGGUGUAACUGGUGGUGGUUUUUCUUUUCUUUUUUUUGGAACCUACCUCCACACAAAAGACUUCAAUUUUUCUCACACUUCAUUGAAUGAUGUGUUUAUUUCAGUUAGACACUGUCAAUACUUGUAUAGUAUACUGAGCCUGUUAAAUGUCCUCCCUAUUUGGUGCGUCUAAUUUUUCAAACCAUGACAUUAGAAACUAGAACUAGAACUUCUUCUUUUUCUUCUUCUUCUUUUUUUUAAAUCACAAAUUAAAUUAGCAUUAUUUAAUACUGAUUUUUCUAUAAUUGAACAUGUGCAGUAUAAAACAUCCUUUACCAUGCCACCUUCAAAGUUGUUGUUCUUAUGUCGAAUUUUAUUUUUUAAUAGGUUCCUAUUAAAUGAACAAUGGCAAAUGUACAUUAUAAAUACUACUAUUUUAUCUCAACAAUGGUAAUGUUAUCUGUUUUAUAUUUGGAUUUAUGUUGUGAACAUUGUGUGAUGCAUUCCAUUCCUGAAUUAUGCUGUAAAAAUUAAGCUGAAAUAAAUCAAUAAAAAAACAA